AUGACGGAGACAGUGGAAGUGCGCUCCAGCGGCUCCUCCACCAUGGUGAUCGAGGGCCGGCCAGCAGAGGGCGCCAUCCCCAGGCCCAAGAAGUCCCUGUCAGAGGAGUUCUACUCCACCUUCAGUUCACCGCUGGCCUGGGUCCUGGUGGUGGCGCUGUUGGCCACAUGGACCUGCGUGAUUGUGCUGCUGCUGGAUGGAGCAGGAGGAGAAGCAGGAGGUCAUGCUUCAGUUGGAGUCAGAAAGAUCCUGAAGGACUCAAGUCGCAGAGCGGCGGUGGAGAAACCCUCAGACCCACUCCGAUUGGUCAAAGGAGCAGCAGAAGAGUCUUUGAACUUUCUCAAUGGCAUCAUCCGAUUGGCUGCCGGCCUGGUUGCCCCUGACGACGAUGACGGGAACCUGUACGCGGUCCGUAAAAAAGCAGUGAGCUGGUUGGACGAAGAGGAGGCUGUGACGCUGGAGCUCAACUCUUCAUCAGGAGGAGAAUUCCUCCCCUCCAGAAACAAAGUUGUGGGGAUGCAGGCCAAGAAGAAACUCCCUGUGAUAGAAGUGGUGGAAGAAGAUGAUGAAGAUCUGGUGCCUGAGGAGGAAGAGGAGGAGCCAGAGGAGGAGGAAGAACCAGGUGAGGAGUCAGGGGAGGAGGAAGAGGAGGAGCCAGAGGAGGAGGAAGAACCAGGUGUGAAGACAGGGGAGGAGCCAGAGGAGAAGGAAGAACCAGGUGAGGAUUCAGGGGAGGAGGAAGAGGAGGAGCCAGAGGAGGAGGAAGAACCAGAUGAGGAGUCAGGGGAGGAAGAGGAAGAGGAGGAGCCAGAGGUGGAGGAAGAACCAGCUGAGGAGUCAGGGGAGGAGGAGCCAGAGGAGGAGGAAGAACCAGGUGAGGAGUCAGGGGAGGAGGAAGAGGAGGAGCCAGAGGAGGAGGAAGAACCAGAUGAGGAGUCAGGGGAGGAGGAAGAGGAGGAGCCAGAGGAGGAGGAAGAACCAGCUGAAGUUGAGGAGGAGGAGGAAGAGGAAGAGGAGGAGGAGGAGGAGGAGGAGCUGUCUGAAGAGUACGAGGAUUACUACGAGGAAGAAGAGGAGGAGGUGGAGCUAGAGGAGGAGGAGGGGGAGGAAGAGGAGGAGGAGGCUGAGCUAGAGGAGGAAGAGGAGGAGUUAGAGGACGAGGAGGAGGCGGAGUUAGAGGAGGAGGAGGGGGAGGAAGAGGAGGAGGAGGCUGAGUUAGAUGAGGAAGAGGGGGAGGAAGAGGAGGAGGAGGCUGAGUUAGAUGAGGAAGAGGAGGAGUUAGAGGAGGAGGAGGAGGGUGAGUUAGAGGAGGAAGAGGAGGAGUUAGAGGACGAGGAGGAGGGGGAGGGAGAGGAGGAGUCAGAGGAGGGGGAAGAAGAAGAGGAGGCUGAGCUAGAGGAGGAAGAGGAGGAGUUACAGGAGGAGGAGGGUGAGUUAGAGGAGGAAGAGGAGGAGUUAGAGGAGGAGGAGGGUGAGUUAGAGGAGGAAGAGGAGGAGGAGACGGACGAGGAGGAGGGGGAGGAAGAGGAGGAGUCAGAGGAGGGGGAAGAAGAAGAGGAGGCUGAGCUAGAGGAGGAAGAGGAGGAGGAGGAGGAAGAGGCGGAGUCAGAGGAGCAUGAGGAGGAAUUAGAGGAGGAGGAAGAGGCAGAGUUAGAGGAGGAGCUAGAGGAGAAUGAGGAGGCGGAGGAAGAGGAGUUAGCUGCAGCUGAUGAAGACGAGGAGGAGGACGCAGAGGAGACAGAGGCUGUUUCAGCAGAGGAGGAAGAGGAAGAUGAUGAUGCAGAGGCUGAGGAGGAAGAAGAGGAGAAAGAGGAGGAGGACACAGAAACAGCUGAGGUCCAAGAUCAAGAAGAGGAGGAGGAGGCUGGAGCAGAGGCUGUAUCUGAAGAGGAGGAUGAUGAAGAUGAAGAGGAGGAGGAGGCUGGAGCAGAGGCUGUAUCUGAAGAGGAGGAUGAUGAAGAUGAAGAGGAGGAGGAGGAGGAGGCUGGAGCAGAGGCUGUAUCUGAAGAGGAGGAUGAUGAAGAUGAAGAUGAAGAGGAGGAAGAGGAGGCUCCAGGAGACGCAGAGGAGGAGGAGACAGAAGCGGGUGAGGAGUUAGCGGCAGCUGAGGAGGACGAUGCAGAUGAAGAGGAUGAGGAAGAGGAGACAGAAGCAGCUGAAGAAGAGGAGGAGACAGAAACAGCUGAUGAAGAGGAGGCUGAAGGAGCAGAGGAGGAGGAGGAAGAGGAGACACAAGGAGCUGAUGAAGAGGAGACUGAAGGAGCAGAGGAGGAGGAAGAGGGUGAGGAGACAGAAGCAGCUGAUGAAGAGCAGGCUGAAGGAGCAGAUAAGGAGGAGGAGACAGAAGCAGCUGAUGAAGAGGAGGAGACAGAAGCAGCUGAUGAAGAGGAGGCUGAAGGAGCAGAGGAGGGGAGCGAUGAAGUUCCUGAGCCUGUGUCCAGUGACGAAGAGGAGGAGCUGACUGAUGAUGAAGAAGAUGAGGAGGACAGUGAUGAAGAGGAGGUGUCAGAUUCCUCUGUCCUCAGUCAAUCAGAGCUCUCCUCCUCUGACGCUGAGGAAGAGGAGGACAGCGAGGGAGAGGAACUGGCUGCUGCUGAAGAGGAGGAAGAGGAGGAGGAAGAGGCUGUUGAAGAGGAGGAGGUGGAGGAAGAGGUGGAGGAGGAGGAAGAGGCUCCGGCUGCUGUUGAGGAGGUGGAGGAAGAGGAGGAGGUGCUGAGGAUCACAGAGACGGAUGAAGAGCUGGAGGACGUUCUCAUUAUGGAAACUGAAGCUGUGGAUUUGUCAGAAGAGGAAGAAACAGAGGACACAGAGGAGGAGUCUGUCGAAUCCUCAGAGUUAUUCGCCGACAAUGAAGACGACGAAGAAGAAGAGGCUGUCGGCCUGUUUGAAUCGGAAGAUGAUGCAGAGGAGGAGGAGGAGGAUCAGGAGGAGGAGCUGAAGGAGGAGGAGGAUCAGGAGGAGGAGGAGGAGCUGGAGGAGGAUCAGGAGGAGGAGCUGGCCUCAGUUGAAUCCACAGACAGCGGUGUUUUAGGAGACGAUGAGGAGGAAGAGUCUGCAUCCUCUUCCUCAGCGUCACUGGACUCAGAGGACAGCAGCUCAGUGAUCCUGGACACAGAUACAGAGGAUUCUGAAGUAACGUCUGUGGAGAGCAGCAGUGGAGACGCAGAGGACGAUGAAGAGGAAGCAGGUGAAGAGGAUGAUGAAGAGGAAGAAAAGUCAGAUUCCCUGCUGUCCUCAGACUCCUCCGCAGGGGGCGCUGUGCAGCCUGAGCCCUCCUGUUCAUGUGAGGAUAAAGAGGCCGAACCAGAGGUGGUGCGCAGAGUUUCAGCCAUCAGAUCCAGGAGAAAAGAACGAGACGUGACGCAGAGCAAAGCAGCUGACAAACCCAAACGAUCUGGUCUUCCCCGGAUCACUCUGGAACCGGUCCGGACCCGCAGGAUCCCGGCCUUCGCCAAAGCAGUGAGAAGAGCGAAGGCCAAAGCCGCCAGAGCAGCUGCGUCAGAGGCGGAGCCAAAAGAGGAGGCCACGCCCCCACAGGAUGGUGGCGCCCCCUGCAGGCCAGCCCCAGUGUACUACCCCACCCCCCCAGGGUGGUACGUGCAUCACAUUGUCACGGAUACCCCGUUCCCCCCACCCCUACCCUCUGCUCCUGCGGCUCCUGUACUUACGGCUCACCCGUACCCGCCCCUCUACCCCCCCAUUUACCAGUACCAGCCGUAUGCCCCUCCUCCCAUGGCUCAAGCCACGCCCCCUGCGCCUGAAGCCACACCUCCUGCACCUGAAGCCACGCCUCCUGCACCUGAAGCCACACCACCUACAGCUGAAGCUCAUCCGACUGCCCCAGAGGCCACACCCCCUGCUGGUCACACGGUGGAACUUCCUCCAGCCUCAGUAGAGGAAGCAGAGACAGCACCACCUGCAGGAAAAGCACAGGAACUGAAGGAGAAGGAGGAGGAACAACAGGAGGAGGAACCACAGGAAGAGCAGCAGGAGGAGGAGGAGCAGCAGGAAGAAGAGGAGAAGCAGGAGGAGGAGCAGCAGGAGCAGGAGGAGGACAUUGCUGUGGUCCAGGACGAGGAUGAAGAUGAGGAGGAGCAGCAGGAGGAUGAAGAGGAUGAGAAGGAUCAGGAGGAGGAGCCAGAGUCAUCCAAACCCCCAGAGAAGAAGAAAACGGCUGCAGACAAAGAUGAAAAACAGAAGAAACAGAAACAGCCUGCAGCAAAAACAGAUUCUGAGAAUAAAAAACGAACCUCAGAAAAAACAGUGAAGAAUAAACCCAGAGCCGCAUCUCGCAAACCUCUGGAGCCCAUUCGACUGAAGCCACUCAGGAGCGACAGCGGCAACUCCUCCCAGGCCACGGAAAAAGAUUCAUUGUCACCGCAGAGACGCUCAGAUGAAGCAGCGCCACCUGCAGGCGACAAGAAGAAGACAGGUCAGAAGUUUUUCCAGUGCGUCUUUGUUCCUGGAAAAGGCGGGAACUUCUCCCCACGACCUAUGACCCCGGCCAUGCCCGUGAUGAUGUCACCAGCUUUCAGGGCCGCAAUGGAGCAGAGGCGUGAGAGUGAGAAAGAUAGAGGAGCAGGACGACAAUAG